UUGAGUUUUCCGAACUGCGGCUUUAACCUUUGGUGCUGUUUCUGUCCAGGCAGAGUGAAGGGUCUUUAUGACACUCAGACCCCGAUGUGUCCGGUCUGCCAGGUCAUCCUGCGGCCGGGAGAGCUGCAGGAGCACAUGGAGCAGGAGCUGUCCAAACUAGCACAGCUGCAGAUCAGUGCCACUACGGUGCAGCACGAGCACCUCCUGAGGACGCCGAAGUCCCUGUCGCUCUCUCUGCAUAUCAAGCGCGAAGGAGGCUCCCCCAGCUCGCCCCCCCAGCUGUCUGAGGAAGCCCACUCAGAUCGAUAUCAGACGUUUCUCCGGGUGCGGGCCAACAGGCACACCAGACUGAACGUCGAUGACCUCUGCUGGUGCAGGUGCUACGUCAAAUCCGCCCCACUGCGCCCACACAGCGCAGGAGCCCACCUAGACUGCAUACAAGCCGUAAGGAUUGGAAAGAUGAAGAGGAGGAAACCAGAGGAAGUGCAGGAGGGUUCAGCGGACCUGAUGCCACUGGAGGAUGAGUGGAACGAGAGGAGAAGGAUACAGGUGCCGCCCGUUGGGUUUAAAGGUGCCGUGUUGGUCAGCACGACCUCCAAAGAGUGCCGGGACAGCGAUGCCGACCUGGACGUGGAUGGAGACGACACUCUGGAGUACGGCAGGGCGCAAUACACUGAAACAGACAUCAUCCCCUGCUCAGGAGAAGGUUCCAAAGAUGCGGCAGCAAACAGCAGCAUGCUGCCUGAUUCCAGGGUGAACCUCGAUUUUCCCAAAUGGUCAAGUGACGGGAGUCCGUCAACAAGCAGUGGAGAAAAACAGGAUGGCGGCCAUGCUGUUCUCCCCAAAACCUGCAAAAACACUGAAAUAGAGACUCUCUCAGAGGACUCCAUGCUGACGACGCUGGACGCACUUAAAGCUCGGAUACGAGAUUUGGAGAAACAGCUGUCUAAAGGAGACAGAUUUAAAUGCCUCAUCUGCAUGGACACCUACACCACGCCGCUCACCUCCAUCCAGUGCUGGCACGUCCACUGUGAGGAGUGCUGGCUGCGGACGCUGGGAGCGAAGAAGUUGUGUCCUCAGUGCAACACCAUCACCUCCCCCGGAGACCUGAGACGGGUCUAUCUGUAA